AUGCAGGGGAAUCCUGCUUUUCUGGCAAUACUACUCGGUACAAUAUUCGGCUCGCUUGGUGCCUCACUGAGCAAAGCACUGAGGUACAAAGCACCGGACGAGUGCAAAUGGGUGGCAACGGGUGACAGUGAAGACGAUGUCUCCCUCGUUUGUCGUUUACGAACUAUCAAUAGUGAACUUGAAAAUACAAAUUUCAGUGUUAUACAGCCACAGCACACUGUCCGACUACGGUUAGAGUGUAGCGAUGCUCUUUUCUAUCAGAGUUCACUGAGCGCUGGUAGCUUCAGACCGCUGAUUGAACUCCGUGAACUUGUCAUUGAGUACUGCAAGAUUGGAAAUUUGUCCGAUGAUGCGUUCAAGGGUCUCAAAGAGCUGCGGAAUCUCACUGUUCGUACUCAUAAUACUGAUUGGUCAGCAAUGGCUUUGGACGUAUCCACAAGAGCUUUUACCGAGGAGUUAUCCAAGCUUGAGAGACUGGACCUUGGAGAAAAUAAUAUGUGGAAUUUGCCGGAGGGUAGUCUGUGCUCACUGCACAAUCUAGAGGUUCUCAACUUGACUAAAAAUCGCCUUCGUGAAGUAUCGAGCUUUCAUUUUGGCGCUAGUGCUGGACGUUGUGGCAGCAAUUUACGUGAAUUGGAUCUCAGUAAUAACAGCAUUGAGACCCUACCAACAGCUGCAUUUUCCGGUCUAGCUCGGUUACAAAGUCUUGAUCUACGGAGCAAUGCCAUUAGCUUUAUGGCCGAUCGUGCCUUCGAGAGUCUAUCCUCGUUGGUUGUACUCAAACUCACGGACAAUCGUCUGUCGAGUUUACCACCAGAGUUGUUCAACGAUGCGCGAAACAUCAAAGAAAUUCACCUGCAAAAUAACUCGUUGAAUGUCUUACCACCUGGUUUAUUCAACGAUCUCACCCAGCUAUUGGUGCUCGACCUGAGUAUGAACGAAUUAACAACCGAGUGGGUAAAUGCCGCGACAUUUACGGGCCUAGUUAGACUCGUUGUACUGGAUUUAUCGAGCAACAGAAUAAGCAGACUAGAGCCAGCUGUAUUCAGGGAUCUUUACAGUUUGCAAAUUCUACGACUUCAGGAGAAUCUCAUAGAGACACUGUCUGAGAAUACAUUCUCAGCGCUCUACAAUUUGCACACUCUCGUACUGAGCGAUAAUCAGUUGACGGUUAUCGACGCAACUACUCUGAGCGGCUUGUACGUGCUGAGUCUCCUCUCGUUGGAUAAUAACAGACUCAAUGCACUUCAUCCAAGCUCGUUACGAAAUGCCUCGUCUCUUCAGGACUUGCAUCUUAACGGUAACCGACUGACGGCCGUGCCGGAUGCACUCAAAGCCACGCCUCUGUUGCGCACCCUCGAUCUCGGUGAAAACCUCAUUUCGGAGAUACCCACUGGUACCUUCGACCACGUGUCACAGUUGUAUGGCCUCAGGCUGACUGAGAAUCACAUUGGCAAUCUCACUAAAGGCAUAUUCGAGAAGAUUAAAGAGCUCAAGAUACUCAACCUGUCGCGCAACCGGAUACAAUAUAUCGAGCCCGGUGCAUUUGAUGACAAUACUAAUCUACGUGCUAUUCGUUUAGAUGGCAAUCAAUUGACUGAUAUAACUGGACUGUUUGCCAAUCUACCGAAUUUAGUGUGGUUAAAUGUUAGUGAUAAUAAACUCAAGUGGUUUGACUAUGCUAUGAUACCAACGGGAUUACAGUGGUUGGAUAUACACGCAAAUGAGAUUAGCGAGCUGGGCAAUUACUUCGAGAUCGAGACGCAACUUCAGCUAAGUACCUUCGAUGCUAGUGAGAACAAAUUGACCGAGAUAACGGGAAAUGCAAUACCCAUGAGUGUUGAGGUACUAUUCCUCAACGACAAUCUCAUAUCAAAGGUGCAGAGUUACGCAUUUUUCAAAAAGCCCAAUCUCACGAGAGUCGAUCUCAAGGGUAAUAGAAUACAGAAUCUUGAGACAUACGCAUUGAGAAUAAGUGCUGUACCACCGGACAAACCGCUUCCUGAAUUCUACAUCGGUGACAACCAUUAUCUUUGCGACUGCACCAUGGAAUGGCUACAACGCGUCAACAGGCAAAACCAGUCACGCAUACAUCCACAAGUGAUGGAUCUUGAGAGUAUAUUCUGCAAACUCUUGUACGACCGUGAACGCAUGUACGUGCCACUUGUUGAGGCAUCGCACUCACAGUUUCUGUGCAAGUAUGAGUCACACUGUUUUGCUCUCUGUCAUUGCUGUGACUUUGAUGCUUGUGAUUGUGAAAUGACCUGUCCGAAUAAUUGCACUUGUUACCACGAUCAAUCGUGGUCGGCAAAUGUUGUGGAUUGUUCAGCCGGGGGUCACGUCAACCGACUCCCCGAGCAGAUACCCAUGGAUGCAACAAAACUCUAUCUCGAUGGCAAUGACCUGAGAAUCAUCUCCAGUCAUGCGUUCAUUGGUCGUAAAAAGUUGAAAGUACUUUUUCUCAAUGCCUCGAACAUUGAAAUUGUCCAGAACAGAUCGUUCAAUGGUCUGCGAGAUCUUCAGGAUCUUCAUCUCCAGGACAACAGGAUUCACGAACUACGUGGACACGAGUUCGAGGGUCUUGACAAUCUUCGAUCACUUUAUCUACACGGCAAUGAGAUCUCGGCAAUCGCUAACAACACAUUCUCACCUCUCCGAUCACUGAAGGUCCUUAGGCUGCAGGGCAACCGCCUUACGACCUUGGCGGUCUGGUCCCUACCAGCGUCUGUCGAAGUGAGCCUCUCGCGAAAUCCCUGGUCAUGCGAGUGCGACUAUCUUGAGGUUUAUCGGGAAUGGAUACUUGCAGCGAGAAAUCGUGUUGUCGAUGUAUCUGAAAUCAGGUGCGUGUUGAAUGUCACCGAGUUGGAGGCAUACGGAGAGGAGGUCUUCAGGGACAAUGAGUUUGGCUUUCCCGUGAUCGAGGGUACAUCCAAUGACAGUUCGAUGUGCACCGGACUCGCUAGUAUUGACAACGGUAUCCAGGGCAAUCUAACUAAGACCAUUAUCGAGAGACAAGCACUUCAGGAUUAUUUGCCUCUGCUUGUCUCCACACUGGCUGUAUUUCUCGUUAUUGUUCUACUUGGAAUGCUCAUAUUCAUCUUCAGGCAGGAAUUUCGCGUGUGGUUUCACUCGCGAUUUGGGGUGAGGAUAUUCUACCGGAGUACAGAAUUCGACAGGGAGGAUCGUGACAAAUUGUUUGACGCAUUCGUCAGCUACAGCUCCAAGGACGAGGCCUUUGUCGCUGAAGAAUUAGCGCCAGUAUUAGAAAUGGGAAAUCCCUCCUACAAAUUGUGUUUACAUUAUCGUGAUUUUCCGGUUGGUAGUUUCAUAGCUGAUACCAUUGUUCAAGCUGUUGAAUCUUCGAGGAGAACAAUAAUGGUUCUGUCGGAGAAUUUCAUUAAAUCCGAGUGGUGUCGGUUUGACUUCAAGUCGGCGCAUCAUCAAGUGCUUCGUGACAGACGACGCAGACUCAUACUAGUUCUCGUUGGGGAUGUACCCCAGAGGGAUCUUGAUCCAGACAUAAGACUGUACCUCAAGACAAACACCUAUUUGCAAUGGGGUGAUAAACUAUUUUGGGAGAAAUUGAGAUUCGCCCUGCCCGAUGUGCCAAACAAUCAGAGAACCAACAAUCAGAGGAGACAACCACCACCUGUCCGACGGCAGCAUAAUAAUCAAACUAGUGGUGCGCGCAGUGUUGCUGUUCACAUAUGAAUCAAUUAUUCAACAUAGACUGGUUAUAUUAUUCCGUACUAGUGACCGAUUGGCCGUACCCCGGACUGUGUAAUUAUCGAUAAAUUGAUAAUUUAUUAUUCGGGAGUGAGUGAGAUGGAGCCAAUCAGUGGACAGUACGUAAAUCAUCUACACGAAUAAAAUAAAUGAAUGAAUAUAUAUGAGUAUAUAUCUGUAUGUGUAAGGUUCCAUUAAGAGUCACUGCACAGUGCAAUACGUGUGUGGAGUGUAAAUAGUCAUGAUGUUCGAUUAUUGGAUAACGGAGAAUGGACAAUUUGGAGUGUUUUAAAUAAAUGUGCCCGGCACACUAAAGUCUGUAUAUAGAACGAAUAUUAAAAAUGCGAACGAUCCGGUGAGAAUGAGUGCUUUAUGACGUUUGACGAGUUUGAGGGGGGAAAAUGAAUGGGUGAGAGGGAACUUUGUCAGUGUGAGGAGAUAAAUAUAUAUAUUUGUUUGAAUUCUUGUAAAUUUUGAUCGGUUAGUUCAAUAGAUAGAUUUAAUAAAAUGUAAAUAGAGGACAAGAGAAUUUAAAUAACACUCGAGUCUCGCGUUGCUGAUUUCCUUUUUAUUUUUGUUCAACGUCUCAUUAUUAAUGAUAUCAAAUUGUGCAUGAGUUACUUAAUGUCAGGGGUUUACGAUUGAAUCGUGAACAACGAGUUAAUGUUUCAUCGUACAUAACUGGCGCAUAAAGAUGCCAGGCGAAGGGUAAUGAAAGUUAGAGACAAAAAGUAAAAGGUGUUUGUGACAAUUGUGAGAGGUUAUUCUGUGAGAUAAUAAAACUGUCACAUUAACAUAUUAAAUUGAAAUGACAGAGACGUACUUAUGAGGCGCUAUUUACAAGUGUAUAGCUUCUUAAAGAGGGUUUGAAUUUAAAACCCGUCGUGAUAUCACUCUCUAAUUAUUUUUUAUUUGAAAUUUUUUUUUUGUUCGAUCGAGUUUUAAUUAGUGCGAGGGCGAGAAAGCAAAUUUUACUAUCGAAAUUGAGAGAAAAAAACGAAAUGUCAAAUGUGAAACUGUAAAGUAGGAUUUAUUUUUUAUUUAUUCUGAUAUUAUGAGAAUUGAGGGCUUUGGUAAAAAAAAGAAACAAUUCCGGUUGAAACAUCAUUUCUCUGCUUUUUUGCGGGGAUAGAAUAACAGGACAAUUUUAAUUAAACUUCCACUCGGUCAAAUUAUUCUCGCCAACCAGAAAAAAACAAUUACUCCGACAAAUCGUCAAUUUUUUCAGCAAACAAUAUGCAAAACCAUUACGUUGUUUAUUUUUUAACGAAGUCCUCAAUAGAAUUCGACAGUCUCUACUGUGCGAGGGCGUCGACUCCCCAAAACGAUUGUUAACAAAUAUUAUAUACAUAUCCGUGCACGCGGGGAUUGUCGUAUUCAGCCUGUAAAUUAAUCGUUUUAUAUUUCCAAUCGAAACACAGGUGUUUCAAGCAAAAAAUAAAUGACUUUUUUUCCUACUCCAAUUGUUCACUUCAUUCAUAUAACAUUGUCUUGUUUUUCUGAAACAAAAACACACUCAAUUCUGUGUUCAAAGAGAAC